AACACACAGACACCGACCUCAAUGUUUUGGCUAUUGCUGUGGUGCCGGGCAGGUCAAUAAAAAUAAUAAAAAAUCUGUGCCUGACUAGAGCUUUUCUAUCAAAGCGUGAUUUCAACAUAUUGAUUUUCUUCGUAAUUUUACUACGAAAAGAAAACCCCUGCUUUAAUAUUUAUUUUCAUUCACAUCACAUUAAACUAUUAUAAAUGAUGUUGGGCAAAAGUGUGUCUUCAAAUGCUUGCCGGUCGUGCAGCGACACUUCCGACAUAGUCCCUCUGAACACAUCACAACACCUCUACUUAAAACCUAUUGCCAGGAUGAACAUUUCCGUUCAACUGCCACAAAUGAAGGCACCUGGCAAAUCGAUUUCUAGCUGGGAAGUAAUGGAAAGACUGAAGAAAAUGGCUAAGCCUGAGAAAUUCAGCAUCCUCAAAGUGACAAAGAGCACGCUUGAAUUCAUUAGGUUUGAGGGCGAAAUUGACAGCAAAGCUAAGCUGAAAAGCGUCAUCGACAAGCUGGACAUGAUGACAAUUAAGUUGUCUGGAUUUACAGACGCACUCAAAGUGCGCGCGGCAGAAGCCAAGCUUCCCUUCCCCACGCGGCAUGUUUGGGACAGCUUUUUCAGAGAAGCUAAAAACAUGAAUGAAAUGAAACCGGGAGAGCGCCCAGACACGAUCCACAUAUCAAAUCUACCAUGCAGAUGGUUCACCUUGCCCGAGCUGCAGGAGAAGGAGCCCAAGCCGAGCGAAUACAUCUUCCGCAAAGUCUUUGAGUCAUAUGGUGAAGUGCGGUAUGUGGACGUACCGUGCAUCGAUCCUUACAGGUCUCGGAUGAAGAACAAGUCAGGAAUCAAGACAUUCUCCUUUGACGAUGGUGUCAUGUUUGAAGGCUAUGUGCAGUUCAAGGAGUAUGUCGGAUUCCUGAAGGCAAUGAGCGCCCUCAAAGGGAUGCACCUGAUGUACAAAGAAAAGGACAAAGUGCUGGUCGCUUCCAUCAGGGUUGACUUUGACAGGACGAAGCACAUGACGGACCACGCCAUCAAAAAGCGGCACGUGGAAAGGGAAAGACUGAUCCUGCAGGACGCCGAGCUAUUGAACAAGGAGAGAAAGUUUCUGGAGUCUGUAGAGUCAGAGAAGGAGCAAAUUGUCAAGAAAAAGGAGGAGGAAGUGUUGGGUGCCCUGCUAGUCGAAAAGGAGAAAAUUGAACAGAAGAAAAGGGAGAAGAUGGAGAAAAUCAAGAAGGCUGAGAAGCAGAGGAAGAGAAUUAAAAAGAAGCUGGCUGAGGAGGAAAUGAAACUAAAAAUGGCAAAGACCAAAUUGGAAAAUGUGGAGCUUCUCGGGAUGCUUUUGGAGAAAGCAAAGAAAAAGAAGAAAAAAGAAGUGAAAAAGAAGAAAAUCAAGGGUGUCGAGCCCAUUGCAGACAUAGUUGAACAAGUUUUUGAGAGCGUAAAGGAGGAGGAGAAAGACCUCUUGGUGAACAGAGAGCUAGAGCUGCGAACCAGGCUGUUGCUGAAGUACAAGCGGAAUAUCGGCAUAUCAGCAGAGAGCCAUGACAAAGACCCCAAAGAGCCUCCAGACCCAGAACCAAAGUCAGAAGAACAGAAACCUGGAUUAGCCGUGCCAGAGGAAUUGGUUGACAAAAUCCUGUUUGAUGAUUCUGAAAGCGAGUUUGAACUUGUGGAAGAUGACGAGGUGAUAGGGAAAUUAAACACUGAUGAAGAGGUCACUGACGAAGACGCUGAGAAAAUUGUGACAGAGCAAAGCACUGAGGAGGAAGCAACUGACGAUCUGUUUUCAAUUGAGGCGUCUUGCUCUGAGGAAAGCGAGUCUGAUGGGGAAAUCAAAUCUGAGGGAGAAGCUAGUGACAGCGUUUCUGCUGCCAGCGUCAGGUCUGAAAAGUCAGUUAAAUCUUUCGGCGAUACUAAGGAGGUUAUAAAGAAAAAGAAACUUAAAAAAGAAAAGAAAAGAAAGAAGAACAAAGAGAAGAAGGGAAAGGAAAAGGAAAAGGACGUCAGGGAAGAAAAAGAGUCCAAAGUUGACAGAAGAGUGGAGGUGGUGUCAAACCACUGGAAAAGCACAACACGCCACUAUACAGACCGCGAUGGCAAGCGCCGCGGCGACACCUGGAUAGAAGGGAAGCAGGUGUACGAGAUAGAAGAGAGCCGCCUGCCACCUUGGCCGUGUGCACCUGACUUCUAUGGCGGAAGCCAGCACCGCGGUAACGCGGACGCCUACAACAGGUACUUUCGAAAAUUUAACAGAAGUUUAAGCAGGGAGAGACGUAUUAGGUCAAGGAGCGGGAGGAGAAGCCGCUCAAUCAGCAGAGACAGACUCUGUUCCAAGGGCAGGUACAUGUCGAGGCGCCGCUCCAGGUCGACCUCCAGACGCAGAAACACCGCUGUGGUGAGACGCAGGUCCAGGUCCCCGUCCAGGUGGAGGCGAAGGUCCCGUUCAAGGAGCAGGAGAAGAAAUAUCUUGAGAAGGCGGCGGAGUCGUUCAUCAACAAGGAGUUACUCUACUCUGAGUCUGUCAAGCAGCGGGUCAAGGAGCAGAUCUCUGACCAGCCCAGUAGCGGCUAGAAGGGCGGUCAUCAAAUCGAUGAGCAAGUCGCCGCCAAGGAUGUGCGUCAGGAAGGAAGUCAAGAAACCGAAAAAGACAAUAUCACUGGUCAAGGCUGAAAAAGCGAACGUAAAGGAGCGACCAAAGCCGCUAAUCAUGAAAAUGCCGUCCAAGCGACCAAAGAAGGUGCCUAAGGCAGAAGAGUCAGUGCCCGUGAAGGAAGAGUCGCAAGUUCUCCCUGUUCCAGAGCAGACUAUCGAAACGGAAAAGUCUGCAUCCCCGCGGGUAGCGUCGCCGAUUCCCACCGAUUCCAUUCCGUUGCCACAAUCGCCGCUGAAGGAGGCGCUGCAAAGCGUGCAGGAGGUUCCUGACUCGGCCGCCAUUGAGCCUCACAUUGAGGAUGAAGUCACUGACGUUUGCACAAGUGCUCUUGUGUAAGGUCUUGAAAGUAUGGUCUCAAAGAGUUUAAAUUUGUUUUUAUUGUCACGCACUCAUUUGGGAGAUCAACAGUAAAACUGGUUAAUUAUUCACUGCUAUGUGUUAAAUUGUGAUAACAAUCGUCAACCUUGAAAUAAAAGAUACAACUUCAUUCACACA